AAUCCAAUGGGGAACAAUGUUGAGUUGAAGCUAAGAACAUAAGACUGUGACUCACAGCCACCACUCAUACCCAAUACAGCUGCAAAUGGCCUCUGUAUUAGGGACUUCUUCAGCGGCAUUCUGGCCUUCUCGCUCCCCCCUUUCUCCUUCCUCAAAGCCUGCCAUUUCCCAAGUCUCGCUCAGCCUCCCACAAGGGCAGGGAUAUGGGAAGAAGUUUGAGGGACGGAUUGUAACUCCAGGUUGCAAAGGAAGGUCUCAAUUCCAUGUUGCAGUCACCAAUGUCGCAACUGGAAUUAACUCUGUUGAACAGGACGUUGAUGUUAAGGAAAGCCAGAGGCCUGUUUAUCCAUUUGCUGCUAUAGUAGGGCAGGAUGAGAUGAAGUUAUGCCUUUUGUUAAAUGUGAUUGAUCCCAAGAUUGGGGGUGUCAUGAUCAUGGGUGAUAGGGGAACUGGCAAAUCCACUACGGUUAGGUCAUUGGUUGAUUUACUUCCUGAAAUCAAAGUAGUUGCUGGUGACCCUUAUAAUUCAGAUCCAGAGGAUCCAGAAUCAAUGGGGAUCGAGGUCAGAGAGAGCAUUGUGAAAGGGGAGAAACUUCUUAUUAUGACAACUAAAAUCAACAUGGUUGAUUUACCUUUGGGUGCUACAGAAGAUAGGGUUUGUGGAACGAUUGACAUUGAGAAAGCCCUCACUGAAGGUGUCAAGGCAUUUGAACCUGGCCUUCUUGCCAAAGCUAAUCGAGGGAUUCUUUAUGUUGAUGAAGUGAACCUUUUGGAUGACCAUUUAGUGGAUGUUCUUUUAGAUUCUGCUGCCUCUGGAUGGAACACAGUGGAGAGAGAAGGUAUUUCAAUUUCCCAUCCUGCACGUUUUAUUUUGAUUGGCUCAGGCAAUCCUGAGGAAGGGGAGCUGAGACCACAGCUGCUUGAUCGAUUUGGAAUGCACGCACAAGUAGGGACUGUAAGAGAUGCAGAACUUAGAGUGAAGAUAGUGGAAGAGAGAGCCAGAUUUGAUGGAAAUCCAAAGGAAUUCCGAGAUUCUUACAAGGCAGAACAAGAGAAGCUCCAAAAUCAGAUUGCCUCAGCUAGGAGUUCGCUUUCCUCUGUUCAGAUUGAUUAUGAUUUAAAGGUGAAAAUCUCAAAGGUUUGUGCAGAGUUGAAUGUGGAUGGGUUGAGAGGAGACAUAGUGACUAACAGAGCUGCAAAAGCUCUUGCUGCUCUAAAGGGAAGAGACAAAGUUACUACAGAAGAUAUUGCGACUGUCAUUCCCAACUGCUUGAGGCACCGCCUUCGGAAGGAUCCUUUGGAGUCAAUUGACUCUGGUUUACUUGUGAUUGAGAAAUUCUAUGAGGUAUUUAGCUGAAGGUUGUCUACAACAGUCUUUCCUAGGUAAUAUUUGUUGCCAAAAUUGUUCCCCCUAUUUUUUGCUCUUUAAUCUUCUCCCAAUCUGAUUAUCAUGGCAAUUUUGCAACAACAGUUCAAUAUUCAAAGGAAAGUAGAUUUCUCAAUGAAGAUUUUUCUUUAAGCUGAAAAACAUAGGAGAUUUCUCAAUGAAGUUAGGAAAGCUAAAAUGAGGCGUAGAUAGACAUGCAUAU